UUUGCGCGGAUAAACAGCAGCUGUGCGCCGCGGAGCAAACCAAGGGCGAACACAUUACCAGCGAACCAAUUUCACAGGAAAUGAUCUUCCGUCCGUGCACUUCAUCGAAACUACAAUAACGAGCUUAACCCCGUCGACCGGACCACCGCCGCCUCCGCCGUACCCGCGUGAACACCCAGAGUGUUUUUUUGUGCGUGUUGUGUUGUGUUUUCCGCACAGACGACCGCCUCCCCGCUCAGCAGCGGCCUCCAUUUUAGCUCCUCGCCCGGCCGGCUGCCUCACGUGUCCUGGACUGUCUUCCUCACAUGACCCGUGUGUUUGUCCCCGUGAUCAGCGCUUCCAUCUCCGUAAAUCAGUGUCGUUGAAUAUCAGCGUUUUUUUUUUUUACACCCACAAAAGCCUUGAUGGAUAUGCUGGAGCAGAGUCUGGACAGCUCGGCGAGUCAGGAAAAACAGGAAACAGAAGAGGUGGAGUCACAGGAAGGAGAGACGGUGGGGACGGAGGAGCAGACUGCAGUGACCAUCACUGGUGUCCCGCAGGCUGCGUUCACUGACCACAAUGUGCAGUACCAGUUCCGCACAGAGAACAGUGGAGGACAGGUGACGUACCGCGUGGUUCAGGUGACCGACGAGCAGUUAGAAGCAGCAGCAGCAGCUGAUGGGACCGGAGCUGUCAGUGUCGUCUCCACCGCGGCGUUUGCCGGAGCCCCUCAGGCUGUGGCUCAGGCUGUCAUCCAGAACCCUUUCAGUAACGGGGGCAGUCCCAGCGGCGAGACCGUGGGAGGCGAGACGCGCUUCGCUUAUUUCCCCGCCGCCACCGUCAGCGAUGGCACAGCCGUGUCCGUGCAGGCCACCUCCGACCCAACGAUAGCACAGGCGGGAGGCCAGUUCUACGUGAUGAUGAGCCCCCCCGAGGUGCUGCAGACGACAGCCCCUCGCACCAUCGCGCCACGCACACACACCUACACUGCAGACCUUGAUGAAAGCGAGAUGUUGCAGCAUGGCAGUUCAAACUGGAAGGUGGAGGGUCCACGGGCGCCCAGAGACGAGAGGCGAAGAGCACAGCACAAUGAAGUGGAGAGACGAAGAAGAGACAAGAUCAACAACUGGAUUGUCACACUUUCAAAAAUCAUCCCCGACUGCAGCAUAGACAGCCGAACUGGAGCGAGUAAAGGAGGCAUCCUGUCCAAAGCGUGCGACUACAUCCGAGAGCUGCGCCAGAGCAACCAGCGACUGCAGGAUAGUUACAAAGAGGUGGAGCGGGUCGAGAUGGACAAUGAGCUGCUGAGACAACAGAUUGAGGAACUGAAGAACGACAACGCACUGCUCCGAGCGCAGCUACAGCAGCACGGCGUAGAAGUCAACGGAGAUGCGACGCCACAGUGACCGUGGACUGGACAAACGUCACGAGCACAGCGUCGCAUCGUCCCGCCCACCUGAACAAUGCCAGGAAAGGAAGAACGAGAGACAAUUUCCAGCUGAAAUUGGACCACACACACAAAAACACGCGAGCAGGGCUUCGAGAAGACCGCUGAAGAACUCGAGGCCGCCGCCGCCGCCGCCUCCUCCAGCUGUUUGAGGCCUGAACGCUCUGAAAUCCGUUUACUGUGUAGCUACAUGAACCUCUCGCCUCUGCUUGAAAGGACCUCCGCGCAGCACCACCACCACGCUUGCACCAAACUUUCUUUUUACUUUUAAAUUAUUAACCCGCCACAGAAAAAUUUCCUUUUAAAGAUUUCACCUUUUUAUCGUACGGCAAACUCCUACUUUUUUUUUUUUGCUGUGUUUGAAACUACUAAAUGACUCGAAUGAUAGCUCUUCUUUGCUUUUUAAUUUAUUAGUGUUUAAAGAAUGUGUGCACAGAAAGAAAAGCUGAUUCUACUAUUUACUUCCCCCCCCAACGCAUAAUGGGCAAAUCAUAUAUUUUGAUCACUGUUACCAAGGACGAUUCAAAUGACCGUCAGUGGAUCGCGUGUGUGUGUGUGUGUGUGUGUGUAUAUAUCUUUGAUCUGUGUGCAAUUUGAGGUAACUUUACCCUGACACUCCAAGCACCAGGCAGUGCUCCCAAACUCUAUAAACAUAAUCAAAGGUCGGUAAACAAAACAAAAAAAUGUCUGACAGUCAAAGCAGAUUUCAAGGCACAGGCGUGCAGCUUAUAUGUUUAGUGCGAGGCCUUAAUAGAAGCCAGUGUGAGAAUCUAGGCGUUCACAUAGCUCAGGUAAUCGGCAUAGUGCUCUGGCAAAGUGGUUCAGACUCAAUGAAGUCUUGACACAGUCUCCAUCUCUCUGGUGUCCACAUUGGGUGCACUGUAAAGAUAAAUGAUGAUUUUCAAGUUGGGGAUCAUUUUUUUUUUAACGGGCAUUAAAAUACAGUUUGUUUGUAUAUCUGCUUAAUAGAUCACUGGUGUAAAUGCACUGAAAGAGGUUCAGUCGUAACAGGUUUUGUUUUGAGACCAGCCUCUAAUUGGCUCACUAGUAUUGCUGCAUUGUAGUGGAUACCUGAGGUGGUGUUUUUUCUUUUCACAAUCUUCCCUAAUCUCUGAACUUUUGGGAACCGUUGCUGCUGACAGAAGACCAUAAAACAACCACGGUCAGGAAUGUGCUGAGGGUAGUUGGGAUGCGAGUGAUGGUAGUUAUAACUAACCAGCUUUUGUAUACACUGAAAGUCACCACAGCAUGGAGAAAAAUAUAACCACUGGCAUGACUAAAUCUGAUACUACAAUAAAACAGUGUUUAUACCCGA